AUGAUUGAAUCCAAAAAUCCACUAUACAGACUCAACGGAACCGAGAGAGACCGUCUCACAGAAACGUUCAAACCUGGACCCUUGAGCAAUUUCUCUGAAAUGGCGGUAUUUGCACGGUAUAGCCACUGCGCGCUGCAGUCCUGCUCUGAUUCAAAGUACAAGGGAUGUCCAACAGAGUUAUGGGAAGGAAGGUUUCAGAACAUACCCUUCAAUCUGACGAGCGUGAAGGACCUCGGGAAAAUGAUGGGAGAAGAGUAUUGUGCAAAGGCUGAUCCUGGUAUUGACUAUGAUAUUGCUGGACCUGGUAUAAUCGUUGCAUAUCUGAUGCAGUUUGCCAUUGUGCUUUUCUUUGCGGCCAUCUUCAAAAUCACCAGGAGCUGGAUCCGCAAUGUUUCGCUUUCAUUCUUGAUACCCUUUGAGGGACCUGCCAAGGCCAUCAAAACUGCUUUACGAUGGCAGGAGUGGGUAAAGAAAAGCAGACUUGGAUUGGCAGCAGGGUCUACUCUUGUCGAUCUCCAAGAAGCACAAGCAGUCUUCCUAGCCCUCUAUUCUGCAGCAACCAUCGUCACCUUCUUCGGCUCUCCAUCUGCCGGCCUUGGUAACAUUACCUCGCUCCUCUCGUGGAUUACGAACAAUCUUGUCUUACGUGGCAUGGCGACGGCGGGUAUGUAUCCGCUGAUGUUCGUCCAGCUGAUUCUACAAAAGACGCGUGAUCGGCAUUGGUACACGCUUUUCCUGGUGGUUCUGAAUUGGAUCUUGAUAGUGGUCGUCACCCAGCCGCAGGUUGUCGACACCGCAUCACUGUACGGGCAUAUCAAGACGUCCAACGAUUUUCUUCGCUGUGGAGGUAAUGCUGGACCGAAGGCCUUUUGCCAGACGUUUAAUACUGGUAAUGCAAAGAUUACAGGGGAUUUUUCCGACAACGAGCUUUUCCCACAAGGUAAUCAAGGUCUCUCGCCUUUUGACUCUAAGGGCACGAAUACGGAUCCUCGUCCUGGAAGCGACAAUCCUUCGUAUCUUGACCGUGAUGCCAAGAGUUUCUUCCGGAUCAGUGCCAAUACCCAAGCGCCCAUUCAUGUGAUUAUGGCAUUUUUAAUACUUGAUUGGAUAAUAGCCAUAAUCAAAUUCCAGUAUCGCAAGCCGGACACCUGGUUAUCCCGCAGACUGGAAGUCUUACGGCAUGGCUUACCGUCAUCGCUUGAAAAGUUCUUCAGCAAGAGAUAUUUCUGGCCACUAACAGAAACACUCUGGAUAUCCAUGGAAGUCCUCGCGGUAGCAAUGGGCAUUAUUGGUGUCCAGGAGUUCUGUACAUUUCUAGGUGUCCUCCGCUCAGGAACAGAAGGCAAAGACAGCAGCGUACAUAUCUCAAACUGGAGCUUUGGGCAACUAAUCGCAGCAUGCGUUUGGUUCCCGGUAAUCCUCAAGUUUCUCAGCUUGAUCAUCGAUGGUGUUUUACCAGGUUUACAAAAACGCGCCGGAGAAUUGAUUGAGGUUACAUACCGUAAAGAUGAUGACAAGCGUGAUAGCGAUGUCGCGUUGGACAGACUUAUUCCUGGACGAUGGUACGACGUCCCGCUUGUACCCGACAGACCCGGCAUCCGAGGCAAGUCCCCAGUUCAAUCAAGCCAUUAUUACUCAACAACAGCAGAUCGCGAAAGCACCAAUGAUGCUAUCUUCAGCAUUUACUGGGCCGACAUAAUAUACAUAAUUCGCCGAGAAGGCUACGACUUGGCGUGA